AUGCCCGGCACUUGCAGAAUAAUGCAUUCACCAUCAGAAUUAGAACAUGAGUCCAGUCGAAUACCUAUCUCUCAUCAAAAGAUUGAUUUUAAUAAUGAACCCCACGAAAUUAAAAUUUUGGUAAAUAAACUUAUUCGUGAGUUUGCCGAUGUUCGAACUACAAAACGAUUAGAUCUUUUAUGGAAUCCUUCAGUCAAUACUAGGGCUAAAACCAUCUCACGUCCACAAAAUUGUUUUAUACUCUUUCGUAAAGAUAUAACUGCCGAAUAUAAUCCACAAAAUAAUAAUAAUAGUGAAAAGAGAGUUGGUAAAAACGUUUCAAACUUGUUGAAAAUCACGAAGGAAAGAUGGGCAGCAAUUAAAAAAUUUAAUCAGCAUGAAUACCAAUUCUGGGAAAAAUUAACAGAAAUAGCAAAUUUGAAGCACAAAUUACGUUAUCCGAAUUAUAAAUAUAUUCCGAUUAGGAAUAAAAUCAAAAAAUGUAAAAAAUGUAGAUCAAAUAACAAUCAGGUGACUAAUGAUAAUGGAUCCAGCAAAAAUAUUGACAAUAACAGUCAAAAUAAUUCAACAUUCUCUUUACCUAUCGAACCCCUUUCAGAUAGUUUUCUUAUAUCCAGUUUUGCACCUUAUUACUUAUUACAUGGAUAUAGACAAAAUAUUAUGGUGCCUGUUCAAUUCACCCACAAUCCUUACAUAAACUACCAAUAUUAUCAACCUCAUAUAUUAAAUAGUUUAAUUGACCCUAUAUUAAAUAAUUAUUAA